AUAUAGCUCCAUGGCAAUGCAGCUAAGAGGACACGCUACGACACUGGGACGCGAGCGAACGAACCACACUCACUCUCGUGGAUACAAUAAAGCCCUGGAUCGUACGUUUAUCUGUUACUCUUUAGUUUAAAUAGGCUUAGGUUAGUUACAAUGUAUUCACACCAUCGCCUCUGUAACCUACCGCAUUGAUGUGACCGCGUUCUGUUGGGCUUGCUUGGGGAGCGAGUACGACAAGGGGAAUGAAUCGUAGCAAUAGUGUUCUGGUCCCUUCGGGUCGGUUAACCGGGAAAUGGUAACGUUUGCACCGCAUUGGAAGGACCAUGGUUGAGGCGAGCAGCAAAUUUCUCCUGAUUGUAGUCGGCUCCGUCUGCUUUAUGUUGAUCUUAUAUCAAUACGUCGCUCCUGGGGUUAUCAAUUUCGGUUCACCGCACGGGUAUUUCACCGAGGAGGACGAUGGAGGGGACAUUUUCCCUUCCCCAGAUCCGCACUACGUCAAGAAGUACUACUUUCCAGUCCGGGAUUUGGAACGAACAGUGGAAUUUGAAAUCAAAGGAGAAGACGUUAUAGUUUUCUUACACAUCCAGAAGACAGGAGGGACCACAUUCGGUAGACACCUGGUUCAGAAUGUGAGAUUGGAGGUUCCGUGUGACUGUAGACCGGGUCAAAAGAAGUGUACCUGUUAUCGACCCAACCGGAAAGAGACCUGGCUAUUCUCCCGGUUCUCCACCGGUUGGAGUUGUGGCUUGCACGCGGACUGGACCGAGCUAACAAAUUGUGUUCCUGGAGUUCUAGAUAAAAAGGAGACCAAGAUGAAAAACGAAAGGAAAUUCUACUACAUAACCCUCCUGAGAGACCCAGUGUCUCGGUACCUCAGCGAGUGGAGACACGUCCAGAGGGGCGCCACGUGGAAGACCUCGUUGCACAUGUGUGACGGGCGCACUCCCACUCCAGAGGAGCUGCCUGCCUGCUACGAGGGUUCUGAUUGGUCAGGCUGCACCCUACAGCAGUUCAUGGACUGUCCUUAUAACCUGGCCAAUAACAGACAGGUACGUAUGCUAGCAGACCUGAGCUUGGUUGGAUGUUACAACAUGUCAACUGUCCCAGAGCAGAGGCGCUCUCAGCUCUUAUUGGACUCGGCUAAGAAGAACCUGAGGGACAUGGCCUUCUUCGGCUUGACAGAGUACCAGAGGAAAACACAGUUCCUGUUUGAACGCACCUUCAGAUUGAGGUUCAUUCGGCCUUUCAUGCAGUACAACAGCACCAGAGCAGCCGGAGUGGAUUUGGACAACUCUACGGUACAGCGCAUCGAGGAGCUGAACGAGCUGGACAUGGAACUCUACGAUUACGCCCGAGACCUGUUCCAGCAGAGAUACCAGUACACCAGGCAGCAGGAGCGACGCCUGCAAAGACUCAGGAGCCACAACCAGAACCACAACGGUCAAGGGUCAAGGGUCAGGGGCCAAGGUCUAGGAGUGGGCCUGUGGCCUUCCCGACCGAAACAAGGCCCUGACCUGGGAGAGGGGGAGGGAGACGGAGAGGGGGAGGGAGAGGGGGAGAGCGAUGGCCCGGAGGAGGAGGUUAGAACUGAAGAAGCGGGAGGGAGACUACAGACGGAGGACUAUAUAAACCAGAUAAUUAACCGCUGGUAACACUCACUGUCAGAGACACAGGCGGGAGGCGUUCAGGGGUGGACGUGGAAAUGGUAGCUAUAGAGACGGUAGAGGAGUUAAAUGGAUUGAAUGUGGCUGACAACAGACUUCCUUCCUUCUCUCUGCUCUCUGGCACCUCUUCGAUGCCUUUGUCUCUCUGGUACUCACAGGCAGGGCAUCGUCAACGAUGUGUCCCGGGGGGAACCGUUAGAAAACCCCUUAAAGGAUUUCUGCACUUCCUGGAUGUCUAGCUCCAAUCAGCAAGCAGGAAUUUAAACCCCUGGACAAGUCAAGGUGUUCAUGGACCAAGGUGAACCAUCAAAAGGAGAAUAUGACGUUUACCGGAGAGACAGUACGUGAAGCAAGAGCCGGGUCGCUUCGCUUGAAAAUUAGCCACCAUUUCAAACAUGACCAUGCUUCUUUCUGAAAUGAAUGGUAAUUCACAUGUUAAAAACUAUGCUUUUUGUUUUACUGCUUUUCUAAAAGCGGACUUGUAAUGACACUGAGACCAAUGUUGCAGCCUACAGUAACUUUUUCGAAGGAAAUGUCACUGAUGGGUGGAGGUAGAACAGCCAUUAUUUAAACAUAGGGACAUUAAAUAUCCAUGGGAUAUAAUAAGUAUUCACCCACCUUAGAUUUCUUUACAUCUGGUUUGCGUUAAAGUGGGAUUGAAACUGGUUUAACUGUAUUCAUGUGAUUGAGCUAUGCAAAAUGUUCCCUAAUGUAAAACUGAGCAGAAAUGCACAGUUCUCAUGUUCAUGAACACAGGAGUGUAGUUGGAUGUAAGUACUCAUUCGUUAAGGGAUGCCUAAUUAGUACACUGGUAAAAGUGGCACAGGAGUGUAGUUGGAUGUAAGUACUCAUUCGUUAAGGGAUGCCUAAUUAGUACACUGGUAAAAGUGGCACAGGAGUGACAUUGGCUGCAUUUGCACGUCUGCCCAAUUCUGAUUCUGCUUCCUUAUCUAACUGGUAAACCUGGAAUUUAUUUUGAUGUGAAACGAUCAAAUGUGGUUGGAUGAAAGACCAAUUAAUGGAAACCGAUAUAAUUUAUUGGGCUUCCGUUCUAAGUUCAGCCAUAGUCACACUGUGAAACAAACGGUUUGGACAUAUUUGUAAAUGACUACACCUUACUCUUUCCAGCGUACAUUAAUCAUCUGUAAGGUCCCUCAGUGAAGUAUUUAAUUUUAAUCCCACAUUCAACUACAAAGAUGAGGGAGCUUUUGGAAAGCCUCAAAGAAAGGCAAUGGUAGAAGGAACGAUAUCAACGACAAAUCAGACGUUACGUUUGGUUUUUCAUUCUGAUCUUAUUACUCCAAGUUCACAUUGCUGAGCAUGUUAAUAAGACUGUCGUCUAGGAAAUCAAAUGUACUCAUUUCAACUCUGCUUCGCAACGCACCAGAAACGAGGUGGGUGAAUAAACCUGCAGUCUGUAUGCAUCAGUAACUAGUGCACUGCCCACAACGCCCUAUUCCCUAUAUAGUCCACUAUAUCCAGUCAGAGCCCUAUGAGGAAAAGGGUGUGAAUUGGGAUGUGGCCACGAAUGUAACGAAUGUCAGCGCUGAUCGGGAGGAGGGUAAAAUAA